AUGCCCCUCCGCCUCGCCAUCCUCGAAGCCGACACCCCCGUCCCGGCAUCCAACGCCCGCUACGGCGGCUACCGCGGCGUCUUCCGCCAUCUCCUCACCCGCGCCGUAUCCCCCAUCCCCCUCGACUCCGUCGUGACCCUCACCGGCCACGACGUCGUCUCGGGCGACCCAGCCACAGUCUACCCAGACCUGAACAACAUCGACGCGGUGCUGGUUUCGGGUUCGAAGCACAAUGCGUUUGGGGAUGAUGCGUGGAUUUUGGGGCUGGUGGAGUUUGUGGGGCGGGCGCUGGCGGAUGGGAGAGUGAGGGUUGUCGGGGUGUGUUUUGGGCAUCAGAUUGUGGCCAGGGCGAUGGGGUUGACGGUGGGGAGGAGUGAGGGGGGUUGGGAGGUGAGUGUGACGGAGACGGGGUUGACGGAGAGGGGGAGGGAGGUUUUUGGACGGGAUGUUUUGAAAAUCCAACAAAUGCACCGAGACAUCGUGUUUGGGCUCCCCGACGGCGCAGAACUCCUGGCGUCCACGGAAAAGUGCGCCAACCACGGCUUCCUCAUCCCCAACAAGGUCAUCACGGUCCAGGGCCACCCCGAGUUCACCGACGACAUCAUGGACGAGAUCCUCGAGCUGCGGCACGCGUCGGGGGUGCUUACGGACGCCGAGUACGCGAGCGGCAAGACGCGGAAUAAGCAGGAGCAUGACGGGGUGUUUAUGGCCCAGGUGUUUCUCAAGUUUUUGCUGGAUCAACAGCAGGGCUAG